AUGAUUUUACGUGCCGGAGGCGCUGGCAACCUCGGGAACAAUCGCUUGUUACUGCCUAUCUUGGUCUACUUGCCCAUGGGAGUGUUUUUUCUCAUGUUCUUUUUCGGCCAGCAUGCCACGCACCCUUUCUGGCCAACGUCACUUUGGGUGGAUCGUGCCUGCGCGCACCAGACAGACCACGAGCUAAAACGACGUCAGAUCCAGGCGCUCCCCGUUUUCGUUGCGCGGUCAUCCUCUAUGUUGGUGUUGUGGGACGACGAAUACUUCCAGCGUCUUUGGUGUCAGCUAGAAUUGGCUACGUUCGCAAAGUACGGCAGUGUGCAGAAGGUUAAUAUCCUCCCGCUUUGGUUGGCGCCGUGGCUGCUGUCGGCGCUUGUUAUCAACAUAGGCGCUGCCUCGGGUUGGAACUUCCUGUGGUAUGGAGUCUCUCCAGACGUUCUAUACUCGCUGGUCGCAGCGAUCCAAGGAAGAAUUCCCGAGACUCUCUCAGAGCCAGUUACGUCGGUGAUCAUCGUUACGCUCUUUGGGUCUAUGGUGGGCUUACCAGCGUCGAUCCCCUGGGCUAUCGCUGGCAAAGCUAAGCUGCGCAGCCACGAGCUGAUGUUGGACCAAAUGGCGAAUUUUGAUUGCCGGGCUGCACAAUGUACAGAACCAGCCGAUAGGCUACUAGUGCAGCAACAGGUGCAGCAUCUAUUUCGAGCACCAUUGGAGCCCAGCUGUUCCUCGGAUUCGGUUGAGGUGGAUCAAAUUGAUGACAAGUCGCUGGAUGCUUUCAAUGGCUAUAUUCAAGGUCCACUCCGCUCCGUCGUCAUGGAAAAUGUGGGAGCAAGGCUGCAUGUUCCCUAUGGGUUGUGCCUGCUCGCUGGUUUGCCAAUGACAUUUUAUUCCGGCGUGGACAUUCUCCAAUGUGAUGAGGCGUGCGUAGCCAGCAAUGGGUUCGAGGCUUUUUCCUCAUACAUGAAAGCCAGCAUGGUGACCUGGCUCGUGAACAUCUUGCUUGUUUACCCCAUCUUCUACCCAGUUUUCCUUCGGAUGCUCAAGCGCGCUUUCUCGGUCCAGCGGGAGUGUUUGCAGUUCUUCUUGGCAGUCAUCAGCAGUAUUGUGAGCUUAAGCUACGGCUACUUCUGCAGCGGAUGGGUAUUUGGGCUCUUCUACAGCUGGGUCCAGCAUGGCAUCGUUGGCCUGCUUCCCCUCUUGGCCCUCUUGGUAAUCCUGGUGUUGCAGCAGCAAUGCCUCUUCGGCAAUUAUC